AUGAUACCUUCGUGGAUCAUCGAGCGGUUUAGCCGCUCCUUGCUGAACAAGAAGCUCCUGCGGGACUUUCUCAAGACUGAAUUGGAAGAGAAUCAAAAAAAGUUGUCGCCCAAAAACAGGGGCUCUACCUUUACGACCUCGACCUUCGCACGGACACCCUCAACGCAACCCUUCCUCCCGGCGGCCGAUUUGCAUAUCUCCUCUGUCAAGGCUGCGCCUCCCUUGCUGACGUUCUCCCUUGGUACAUGGGAGAAGCUGCCAAGGGAAAAUCAGCUGACGGCAUCGCUGACGGAGCUCAGCGAUGCUUUGGAGAGAGAGGGGAAGAUGGCGUUCGAGGAUAGACCGGAUGUCGACCCAACAGAUGCAGAUCCUGAAUUCAUCGACUUCACAGGCAGUCACGUUCGAUCAAACCUUGAGAGAGUUAUCGAGAGGGCGCUGGGCGCGACGAGACUGGUUGUGUCGAGCAUCAAAGUGCAAUACCACAACACGUCUGAGUUAGAUGGAGUGAGUCGGACGGUUGGAAUUUCCGUGGAUGAUAUCAGAGUAACUAACAACGACUCAAGAAUACAAUCUCUUUCAAACGUUGGACCCGGGAAACUUGUUUCGAAGAUCGUUCAGUUUGGAUCGAUCCGAGCAUUCUGCAGCGAAGAUGAUUCGGAGGAGGGUCAGGCCCAUGAGGAAUUCAUCAGCAUUGGAACAGACGAAGCGAAGGCAUGCGAUGUCAGUCUAGACUACGAGCACGGUGAAGUUGAUCGCUGUCUCAACACCAGCACGUCGCUGGACGCCAUACACUUCCGACUCUCAUCAGCAGCUCUUGAGAUCAUCAAUGCUUCUCUUCAAUCUCAUGGCGAGAAGACUCAGAGUCAAACAACAGCAUCAUCUGCAAGUCCUUCUGCCGGCGCCUUGUCGGACGGGGCGUCGAGCAGUUGGCGUCUGACCAACAAGAUCGCCGUGAAGGGCCUGCAAGUAGAAGCAGAGCACGGCGAAACAGCCAUGACGCUGAAACUCAAUGACAUCCUUCUUCGACAGUUUGCUGUCUCGGGCUCGAGCAGCUCGUGGCAGCGAUGGACGACGAGGCUCAUGGCUGCGACAUUGACGUGCGGGACGGGAAGCGACUCAAACGCUCACGUGCUCCACCUCAACUUCGAUCCCUGGAUGGAAGACGCACAGCCCUUGAGCAGCGACAUACGAAGUGCGCGGGACAUCAUCAAAUCCUCGACCAGCGCCAACUUGAAGGUGAAGGAGGAGCACAGGUUCUUCGACACGCCCAACAAGCUGCUGCAGGAGCUUGUUGCUUUGCACUGCUCGCGGGUGUCAGCUCUGUUUGAGACGUCUAGCAGAGUUGAGCAGGAGAAAGGAGGGGAGGAGGGAGAAGCUGCUGCAGGAAGGAGCGACGAGGAGGGACGGCAGUCUCGGUCCCUCCUCCAAAUCUCCAUGAGCCCCUUGAGAGGUCAGCUCGAGCUCUCCUCCUCCUUGCGCUGCCUGCGGGACUUGGAAGUUGUCAAGGAGGAGCUUGAGAGGCUGCAGCGGGUCUUCGGAACUCGCGAGGGGGGGCGAGAGGGAGCGACCGCUAGUUGGCAGUCAAGUCUUUUCCUCCACUCGCUCUCCUUCGACGUCUCCCUCGAUCGGCCAUCCCCUCGCCCCCUCCCUCCUGCCCUCUCCCUACAUGUCAGGGCCGUCAUGGCUGGGUUCUCCUCUGACGCUCAGUCGGUGCAUGGGGAGCUCGGGCUCCGCCGCCUGGUCGUGAGCUUGAGGAAGGGAGGGCUGCGAUGCAGGGAUAAGGAAGAGGAGGAAGUCAGUCCGAUCCUCGUCGUUGCUGGGCACUCGGCGAAGACGGAUGUAGAGGUCAAGAUCGCCUUUGAUGAGGGGCUCUCCUUCUGUGCUGCUCCUGGUCUAUGCAAGAGCAGCAGCAGCGUGAAUGCUGAGGGUUGUUGGAGAUCCUCCUGCACUUGUUCUUGUGCCAACAAGUCUGCAUGCGGGGUUGGCAUGUGGGGCUGCGGUUGCUCGGCCCCGAGAAGACUCUGUGAUGACAUGAUGCUCAACUCGCAGAUGACAAGGCGAGACUUGGAAGCAAUAACAAGACUCCAACUUGACAUUAUAGCAAUGAUCGAGCAAGACAAGGGACUACAACAGCAGCAGAUCGCGCAACAACGGCAUUUCAAUCGCAAGGGCAACAACGGCAACUCACAGUCAUGGCUUGAAAGUUCGAUGAGUGAGUACGUCGAGGAGGACUCGUGCUACAUGUCAGCCGUACAGUCGUUGAACUCGUCUCAGUGGUUCCCGGCGAGGUCAGGGGGGAUGAAGGAGGAGGAGGGGAGGCUAGUGAGGGAGACUUCGUCCUCCUCAUCCAGAGAUUCGGAUAAAGAUAUCUUCAGGAUCGUUUGCGAGGAUGAAGUAGAGGCUGUUCCCUUGCGAGCAAGAGUUUUGUUUGAUGAGGUUUCUCUCAAGCUCGACGACAUCGUCUUGAGCAUGGAGCGGGCAAACCUGCACGCUCUGUUCAAAUCCAAGAGAUCACAAGACACCCAGGACAGCAGCGCGGGAGCAGCAGCAGCAGUAGACACCAUCUGGCUACACACCUCAAGGGUCUGCGCUUCCUUGCAGGAGGACUGUUUCCUUGGACCGUUGCAGGACGUUAGCGAAGAGUUUCGUCCGAGCUCGAGCGCGAUGCGAGCUCGCGGCUGCCAUGCGGAGCCUGUGGAGGAGAGCAAGACGAGCUCCUCAGUGUUCUUCAAGUUGACCAGAACGUCGGAGCUCGCACACAAGGAGCAUGCAAGCAUCUCGUUCACUGCAAGGUGCUGCGGACUUGUCUUUGUCACCGACAUCCUCCAACGGCUGGAACUCCUGGACCCGCUGUUGAAGUCGCUCUCCGAGAUGUGGCAAGUUGGCGGAGCGACCAGGGGAAGCAAGCAAGGCCACAACACACCUCCUCCUCUUCCUCCUCCUCCUCCUCCUCCUUCUUUACAGUCGCUGCAAGCAAACAUCGACGUGCUGGAUACUUGCGUCCUUGCUAUCUCCCAUGCACAGAAUGCGAACGAUACAGCGUCCAAGAUGGAGGAGGAGGUGGUGGAGGAGGAGGAGGACGAAGAGGAGGAAGAGAUUCUAGGAAGCAGGAAAAGGAUUCGACUCAUGACCAUUGUGUCAAGGGUUUCCCUCGAUUUCUCCUCCUCCCCCCAAGUUCAGCCUGCCAGGGCCCGGCAGGUUGAGAGCAAGUCAGAGGAGGUCAAAGUGAAGUUGAUAUGCCAUUCUGAUAUCGUUCAUGUCUUUCUCCUUAACCCCCCUCCACCUGCUCCCCAUGCUGCAACCUGCAUGCGAGAAAUCGUCGAUUACAUGCGCGAUUGCGGGCACAUCGAGUUGCUUCACAUGUCUUCGUUUCAUCUCGAUCUCUCGCAAGAGAACAGCAGGGUUGAUCUCGUUGCCAGUGGCCCUGAUGUACAGUUCGGGGCGUGUGUUGACAGUCUCAACUCGCUCCUGCUCUUCUCUCAGUCUCCUCUCGUCACGCACUUGCUCUCCUUCAAGUCUCCUCCUUCUGAGCAAGACAGUGGGAGGAAAGUCAGCAGGGCGAGAAGGAUGGAGGCCCAGCAAGAGGAGGAGGAGGAGGAAGACUGGGAGCCCAUCCACACGGGGGAUGUCGAGGAGAGGAUGCUCCGCGAAAGCGUUGUGAAGCUGUUCUCCUCCUCCUCCUCCCCCCGCCGCAGCCUCCCCUACGACAUGGAGGAGGAUCACUUCAACAGGGCAAACCUGCGCAGCAGAAGAAGAGAGAGGAGGGAGAGGAGGGAGAGGAAGCAGCAAGUGAACGUGCUCCUGAGAGACGUUCACGUCUGCCUGCGCCUGUUUGGAGGGGAGGACCUCAGGCAUCGGGGAGAGGCAGGGAGGACGGAGCGAGGAGCGAAGCGAGAGCAGCACCUGCUCAUGGCGGAGCUCGGGGACGACGUGGUAUCAGUUUCCUCUUGCUCUGGAAGGAGGAGCGAGAGUCUGGCGCAAGAGAGCUGGAGGCUGAGGGGAGGGAGGGGAAGGCAGGAGGAUCGAUGGAUCGAAGUGUACAUGCAGCAGGGCUCUCUGCAGCUCUCGUCGAGCAAGAGCGGCGGGGCAGGAGAGCAGGAGAAGGAGGAUGGGGAAGAGGAUGAGUUCAGCUGUCUGCUGACGCUGCACCACCUGGAGGUAUCGGACGGUCUGUUCAAGCCAGCAGCAGGAAGCUCGUCGGAGUUCUCCCUCCUUCUCCACCAGGUUGAGCGUGCAGACGCUUCCAGCAGCGCCAUUAGGCAUUCCCAUGCUCUUCGAGUUGCAUUGCGGCAGACUAGCGCCAAGGAGGAGGGAAGGAGGAGGAGAGGAGGACCAGGACCAGGACCAGGAACAGGAAGGAGGACGUGCGUGACAGUCUCUGCCUGCCCGAUGCAGGUCAAUCUUCAUGAAGUCACGGCAGUCUUCAUCAUCAAGCUCGUCGAGGCCUUCGAGCAGGAGAGAGGAAUCGCCGCCUCCGCCUCCUCCUCUGAGCUCGACCAAGAUUUUGUCAGGGUGGACCUUGACGACUCACAUGUCGUGAUCGAACGGGGAGGAGGAGGAGGAGGAGGAGGAGGAGAGGGGCAGACGCUCUCCUUCUUCGUCAUCCGCCCGUCCUACCUCAAGCUGAACCUCAAGAGGACGUACGAGGGGGAGCUGGAGGCGAUGGAGACGGAGAAGCUGCUGGGAGGCUACACCGAGCGGCUCGUCAACCUUGUCAUGCGCUACCUUGAGGGUCUUCCCGCCUUCUCCCUCCCCGGCAUGCUCGUCGGCUGCGAGGGUGACUUGAGUUCAUCCGACCUGCUCUCCCGCUACGCUCGCAGGUGUCAGAAGUCUCUCAUCCAACAGUGCCUGGCCGGACUCUACAACCGACUCAAGGUUCCCAUCCGAGGCGCAUGCCAUGGCUUCACUUCAGCUCUCGAGCGGCUGCUGGGGGACAGCAGGAAGCUCCGUGGGGUUCAUCGUGGGCUGCUCUCCUGGUCCCGCGCCCUCGUUCAUGCGGCGGCAGCCGCAGCCUCCUCCUCCUAA